GGAGGAGGAGACGGGGGCGUACCCGGAGGAUGUGACGUUCUAAUCGGACAGAAGCUCGUGUAAACGCCUCUGGUCCGUUCACUGUUCAUGUCUGGUGCGGAUGAUCCGAAGGAUGGCUGAGUAAGAAAGCAGGAAGAUCAGCAAGAAAACAAACAUGGAUGCGACUUUUAUAUUAUCCGCYGUCAUCUUCACGCUCCUCGCCAUCGUGGUCGCGACGUCGCUGCUCGGCGGCUCGUCGCCCGCGGCGGACAGCGCGAACGCGCGGAGUUACUUCGGACGCGGCAGCAGCAGCAGUAGCAGUAGCCGAGACGGCGGAGGAUUAGAGCGGCAGAACGGACACCUACCGACCGGGGGCAAGAAGAAGAAGGAGGCGGAGAACUGGAGCGAGAUCAGCGGGAGCGCCCACGACCACUGGGAUGUAGUGAAGUCUGUGCAUUCAGAGCAGGAAUACCCCCACGCUCACAAAGGAGAGGUCGUUGAGCACUCCAGGCUGAUUGUCCCCAGCUCAGGAACCAGACACAUGAGUUUAGAGACCGAAGGAGCCCCAGAGAGCCCAUGGAGAAACACAAAGAAGGUGGAAUCGGAUGCUAAUAAUUCCUUGAAGUAUGUUCCUGGAAAGGCUCGGUCGCACCAUUUAGAGAUGAUGAUGUCCAAAGAGGAGUUGGAGGAGGAGCAGAGGGUGCAGCGUGAACAGCUGGCCUCCAUCUUCCAGCUGCUAAAAGACAACAAGGAGACAUUUGGGGACAUGUCUGAGGGAGAGUUAGAGGAGCAGCUCCGACUCUACUCCAUCUGAAACCUCUGUGGGGGGCGGAGCUUCCCACCUCAUCGCCCGUGUGCUCGCACUCCAGGACUUAUCCAGCACAUGAAAUAAUUUUGAUUACAGUAUUCACCACAGCUACGCCCUGACGCCCCUCAGACUGUCUGUUUGUGUUUAAAAUCCCUUUGUCUCCCCCCUCCCCUGCUGCACACUGCAGGUGAAUAUGCAAAACUCACCUGAGAAGGAACCAAGGAGCACUGUUUCUGUUAGAGAAGUUUUAUUUGUGUUGUGGAAUAAACCAGAACAUUUGGA